CACCGCCACUUUAUGCCGUCUGCUGCAAAGCCUGAUUCACAUUUACGCGCCAUUUACUGUAAACCCUAGUUCUCAGUCAGUUUGGGGAUUUCUUUUUUGUCCCCGGCGAACCACGCGCUCUCCUCUGGCGAUCUCCAUUUCCAUUCCUCAUCCCAGUCGGCUCUCUUUCUCUCUCCUGCCUUUGGAAGAAUAAGAAGCCGCCGAGUUGGAUCUUCAACGAUCUUGUACGCUUCUCGCACUAGGGUCUUCAGAGGCAGAUCUUCGUCGAGUGGUGAUCGGUUGAUAAGUUUGCUUGCCCGACGGACAGCUUGUUUGUCUAAUACAGCUAAGGAAUCACAUGUGAAAAUGUGAAGAUGGUUUUGUGAUGGAAAAGGGUCUCUUACAUGAAAGAUAGGACAGUUCCCGCUCUUUUGGUUACAGGCUAGACCUUGGUUCUAGUCCACAACAUUUAAUUGACCUGCAAGUUUGUUGCAAAGAAGAUGAUCACUAAGCAAAUUUUGUUGACUUAUUUGUACUUGCUCAUUUACAUAUGUUUAUCAUCAGGCGUUAUUUUGUACAACAAGUGGGUUCUUUCUCCAAAGUAUUUCAAAUUCCCCUUUCCAAUAACACUUACAAUGAUUCAUAUGGGAUUUUCUGCUUUUGUUGCUGUUAUUCUCGUUCGUGUUUUAAAGAUUGUUGCACCAGUCAAGAUGACGUUUCAAAUAUAUGCAACCUGUGUAAUACCUAUUAGCGCUUUUUUCGCUUCCAGUCUUUGGUUCGGUAACACCGCAUAUCUGCAUAUUUCGGUUGCAUUUAUUCAAAUGCUCAAAGCCUUGAUGCCCGUUGCAACUUUUCUUGUUGCUGUUAUUUGUGGCACUGACAAGUUGAGGUGUGAUUUAUUCUUGAAUAUGUUGCUGGUCAGUGUUGGGGUUGUAAUUUCAUCAUAUGGAGAAAUUCAUUUUAAUGCGUUAGGGACAGUUUACCAGGUUACUGGAAUAUUUGCAGAAGCUCUCAGGUUGGUUUUAACUCAGGUCCUCCUACAGAAGAAGGGCUUGACUCUAAAUCCCAUUACCAGCCUUUACUACAUAGCACCAUGCAGCUUUGUAUUUUUGUUUGUUCCUUGGUGUUUAUUGGAGAAAGCAGAAAUGGACAUCUCACAUAUUCAAUUCAAUUUCUGGAUAUUUUUCACGAAUGCACUUUGUGCGUUAGCGUUGAAUUUCUCCAUAUUUUUAGUAAUUGGUAGAAGUGGAGCUGUGACUAUCCGAGUAGCUGGAGUUUUGAAGGAUUGGAUACUGAUUGCCCUUUCAUCCGUUGUGUUUCCGGAAUCUACGAUCACUGGUCUAAAUAUUAUUGGCUAUGCAAUUGCUCUUUUGGGGGUUGUGAUGUAUAACUAUUUGAAGGUGAAAGAUGUUGGAGCAUCUAGUCAACUUUCCAUGGAAAGUAUUCCUGAAAGAGCAACAAAGGAAUGGAAGCUGGAUAAGAAGUCGUCAGAUGUAUACAGAGAGGAUGAUAAAAUGAAUAGCAGCGGGGGUGGUGGGGGAAGCCUAAUGGGACCUGCAUCCACAUUGGAAACGGCUGUGGAUGAGGAAGCACCGCUGUUACCUGCUUCUAGAGCAUUGUCUUAUAUCGGACGAAGCCAACUCAGCAACCAUACUGCCUAAGCCCAAUCCAAUCUUUUAUAAAUAUUUUUUUAAUAUAUGCUUUUAUUUAUAUCUCUGCUAUUCUUCUAGAGCUCUUGAUGCUACAGACUCCAUUCUUUUUUUAUUUUUUAUUUUUCUUUUUUUUAGUAUUGACAUAAGGAGUCCCUGCAAGGCUGCAAUGUAUUAUUUUUGGAAGAUUUACAUACCUACCACUCAAUUCCCUAUGCAUUUAGAUAUUUAGCCCCUAAA